CUCGAACUCUUACUUACGCCCACGCUACAAACUCUUACACCACAAACAACAAAGAUUCAUCUCGUUUCAGGGAUCUUUCAAAUUCAAACUUUUAGAAUUAGAUUCACAAAUAAUCCAACCAUUUUACACUUGUUCAUUCGUUCCCCAUAAAUCCCUUCGAUUACAAUCUACAAACCCCCUAAAUCCCCCAGUUAGAGUAUCUACCAUGGAUGCUCUACGCCGGCCUAAUCUCGAUCUUAGUAAUUCUUCACCCAUUUCAUCAAUUUACACCAAAACCCCUCAAACACCAACUUCUUCAACUUUGCCCUAUAAGUACCGAUUCUCUUCUUCAAAUUUCAAUGGUUACCAUAGCAAGUGUAAAGUACCAACGCCACCUCAAGCUUUACCCAAGGCAAAUUCGAACGAAUCAGUUGAAUCCAAUAAGAAAUUGGUUGAUUCAAUCGCUAAAGGUUUGAUCGGGCUCGCUGCUGCAGUCUCUGUUUGUUUAGAUUCGCCAGCUCUUGCCGAGUCCUUGACAAUAGCAUUCCCAGCUUCUCGUACUCAUGAGGUGAAUGCUGUGCAGCGAACUCUUGUAGAGACUUGGGGUUUGAUCAGAGAGACUUUUGUUGAUCCAACCUUUAAUCAUCAAGACUGGGACUCCAAGUUCCAACAAACAAUGGUGGAAAUGCUUCCACUUAGAACAGCUGAUGCAGCAUACAGCAAGAUUAAAGGAAUGCUUUCUACUCUUGGAGAUCCCUUCACUCGCAUUAUCAGUCCAAAGGAAUACCAAAGUUUUCGAAUUGGAAGUGAUGGAAACGUGCAAGGAGUUGGACUAUUUGUGAAUACUGAACCAGAAACUGGUCAUCUGGUUGUAUUGUCCUGUGUUGAGGGUAGCCCAGCUGCUAGAGCUGGAAUACAUGUAGGAGAUGAGUUGAUUGAAAUAAAUGGGGAGAGGGUUAAAGGGAUUAGUGGUGAAGCUGCUGCACAAAAGCUCAGAGGUCAUGUUGGGACAAGCGUUACAGUCAAAGUGCACAAUGGAAAAAAGUUGGCCAUUGACUCUAGUUUUAGAGAGGUGAAACUACCCCGGGAAUUCAUCAGACUUUCUCCUAUAUCAAGUGCCAUUAUUCCUCAUAGAACACCAAAUGGUCAUGUAUCCAAAACCGGAUAUGUAAAGUUAUUAGCCUUCUCCCAGACUGCUGCUACAGAUAUGAAACACGCCAUUCGUGAAUUGGAAAAUCAGGGUGUUGAAUCUUACAUUUUGGAUCUCCGGAACAAUCCAGGUGGUUUGGUGAAGGCUGGACUUGAUGUUGCCCAAAUAUGGCUGGAUGGAGAUGAGACUCUAGUGAACACAAUAGAUCGAGAUGGGAACAUGCUUCCUAUUAACAUGAUCAAUGGCCAUGCUCUUACUCGUGAUCCUCUAGUUGUACUUGUUAAUGAAGGGAGUGCAAGUGCAAGCGAAAUCUUGGCAGGUGCACUCCAUGACAAUGGCAGGGCGAAGCUAAUUGGCAACAGGACAUUUGGGAAAGGAAAGAUUCAGAGUGUGACUGAAUUACAUGAUGGAUCGGCUCUUUUUAUCACGGUUGCAAAGUACUUAUCACCAGCACUUCAUGCCAUUGAUCAAGUUGGCAUAGCACCCGAUGUCCAGUGUACAACAGAGAUGCUGAAUUCAUCAAAAGAAUCAGCAACAUUCAUGAGGAAGAAGGGUGUAGCUUCAUCAUCUUUGGAAGGGGAUUCUUGUAUUUUGGUAGCAGAACAUGAGUUGGAUAAUCAAGAAUCUAAAGGCUCUGCUUCCUAGAAUAUUCUAGUUUUGACUCUAUGUAUGUAUCUAUCUCAUGCUCAAUUUAAGACCAUAGAAUCUUAGUGAAUCAUUGUACAUAUAUAUAUUGGUGUGUAUAUAUAUAAUAAUAUAUAGUUGUUGCAAUCAGAGUGUAUUGAUGAAUCGAUUAAAGAAAGGAAAAUGAAAUGAAAAUCUUUAGUUUUCUGUA